AUGUCCCCGCCCCGCUGGCUGCUGGCCUGGGCCCUCCUGGCCCUGCUGGAACUCGGAGAGGCCAAAGAAGACGCGGCCUGCUGCGGCCCCAUCGUGCCCCGCAAAGAGUGGAAGGCCCAGGCGUCCGAGUGCAGCCAGGAACUGAAGGUGCCGGUGCGCUACGUGGUGGUGUCGCACACGGCGGGCAGCUCCUGCGACACCCCGGCCCUGUGCCAGCAGCAGGCCCAGAACGUGCAGCACUACCACAAGCAGACCCUGGGCUUCUGCGACGUGGGCUACAACUUUCUGAUCGGAGAAGACGGGCUCGUGUAUGAGGGCCGGGGCUGGAAAACCAAAGGUGACCACACAGGUCGCAGCUGGAACGCCAUGUCUAUCGGCAUCACCUUCAUGGGCAACUACAUGGAGCGGUCACCCCCGCCUCGGGCCAUCCGGGCGGCCAAGAGUCUGCUGGCUUGUGGAGUGGCUCAGAAAGCUCUGAUCCCCAACUACGAGGUCAAAGGACACCGGGAUGUGCAGCAGACCCUCUCUCCAGGGGACCGGCUCUACGACAUCAUCCAGGAGUGGCCACACUACAGGGAGUGA